GCAGUGUCCUGCGCGUCAGCUCCCGCGGUAGCGAAGGACGGGUAGAGGAGGUGAUCUUGGCGGUUUGCUCCGCUCUGUGGAGGAGAGAUGGGGAGGCGUUCGGCCAGGGCUGAGGGAGGAAAGAGCGCGCCCUUCGACGCCUCCCGCAACGCUAGCCCCUGAGCCGUGAUGCGAGCGUGGGUCCUACUCUCUGCGGUCCUCUGGUACCUCACAGGAGUUGGAUGGCAGCGUUCUUCGGAACGCACUAAGAAAGGCUUCAUUUAUGGCAAGCCAGGACACCUAGUAAAAAUAUAUGUAAAAUUACAUCGCAAUAGCCCAAUCCUUGUCUGUAUGGAUUUUAAACGUGCUGAAAAAGAAACAGUGGACCCUACCUACUUAUGGGUUGGGCCUAAUGAAAAGCCGUUAACAGGAAAUAACCGAAUAAAUAUAACUGAAACAGGAAAGCUGAUGGUGAAAGAUUUUCUGGAGCCUUUGUCUGGACUUUACACAUGUACUCUUUCUUAUAAGACUAUCAAAGCAGAAACCCAAGAAGAAAAGAUAGUAAAGCAGAGAUAUGACUUUAUGAUCUUUGCCUAUCGGGAACCUGAUUAUUCAUAUCAGAUGGCUGUACGUUUUACUACAAAAUCUUGUAUAGGAAGAUAUAAUGACCUGCUUUUUAGAGUGCUGAAGAAAAUCUUGGAUAAUUUAAUCUCUGAUUUGUCAUGCCAUGUCAUAGAACCAUCAUAUAAAUGCCAUUUUGUUAAAAUUCCCAAACAUCACCUCAUACAUGAGCUAUUUAUAGCUUUUCAAGUUAAUCCUUUUGCACCGGGGUGGAAAGGUGCAUGCAAUGAUUCUGUCGACUGUGAAGAUAUCACUAAUCGUAAUAUCCUCCAGGCAAGAGAUCGGAUAGAAGAAUUUUUCCGGAGCCAAGCAUAUAUUUUCUACCAUGAUUUUAAUAAAACUCUACCAGCUAUGCAUUUUGUGGACCACAGUUUUCAAGUAAUACGUAUGGAUAGCUGUCGUCCAGGCUUUGGAAAAAAUGAAGUGGUUUGUAGUCCUGGAACUUUUAGUCCUGAUGUUGAUGUUACUUGUCAGACAUGUGUUUCCAUCCAUAUCUACGGAGCCAAAUCUUGCCCAUAAACUUCAAACAAAAAUUGCAAUAUGAAGACUGGAGGUGAAAGCAUUGUUACUUGCUUAUGGGGGCGGGGAGAUAAGAUAAUUUGUUUAUAUCCCAGGGCAUCAUAGAUAGUUCCAUUAAGUAAGAUCAGUAAAACCAAAACAUUGAAAAACAUACAAUUUAAAAACUUUAAAAAGAGAGUUGACAUGGCAUUUCUAAGAAGGCAUUUAAUCUAAUAUCUCCAGUGUACAAAGGAAAGUGUAAGUAUUAGUGGAUGAUUUUUAAUGAAAUAUGUUUUGUUGUUUGCAGAUUAAGUCUGUUGCUCUGUACCUAAGACUAUAUUAAGGUCAAGAAAAAUAGCAAAGUAUAAUAUAAUAAAAACUUUAUACUUUCCAUAUAUUAAUUUGUUUGAAAUCACUCAUACGAUAUAAAGGCAUAUAUAUUACCUUUGUAAUUAGAACCAAAAAAUGUUAU